AUGGCAGAGCCCAGUACUCCAGACGCAGAUGGGCCUGACCGCAGUCCGCCUACACUCCCGCCUGGAUGGAUUGCGCAGUGGGAUGCGAAAUCACGAAAGUACUACUUCGUCCAAAUCAGCACCGGCGAAUCGACUUGGGACGUUCCAACAAUGAGCGCACACGGUGUCCCCACCCCAGGCGGCACGCCCGCUGGUCAGAACCCAUACUCAGCUCCCGGAGAAGGCACUCGGGGCGUGGAUGGACAAGAGAGUGACAGAAGCUUGGGAGGAUCUCUCCUGAACUCGGUGCUCGGAUCCAAGCAAUCCUCGAAUCAAGGUGGCCUUGGAGGAUUGGCAUCGUCGUUCUUGGGCGGGUCUUCUUCGCAUGGUAACUCCAAUCAGCAGCACGGAAGCUCAGGUGGACACGGUGGUAUUGUACAGUCAUUCUUGGGCGGAUCGUCGUCCCAUGGAUCCGGCGGACAACAGCAGCAUGGCCAGUCUGGGCACUCGAGCAGCGGCGGUGGUCUUGGUCAGCUAGGUUCAAUGGCAAGCAGCUUCUUGGGCGGACACAACAAGCCACAUGGCGGUGGACAGAACCCAUACGGGUACUCCCAGAACGCAUCCGCUGGUGGGACUUAUCAAGGUCAGGCGCCGUCAGCUUCGUACCAAGCUCCAGGCUCUCACUCACAGAGCCACGCGCCAUCUGUGGGCUAUGGCGCACCGCAUGGUCAACAACAAUCUCAGCAUCAUCAGCAAGGACCUGGAGCACCAGGUAGCGGCUAUGGUCCGCAAAGCGGCGCAUAUCACCCACAAGGUCAUGGACAACAAGGUUAUGGAGGAGGCCACGAUCAAUCACAAUACGGCCAACAGUCUCACUAUGGACAACCGCAACCGGGAGGACAGCCAGGUUAUGGCAGCCACUCCUCAACACCAAACAACCAAUACGGCCAGCAGCAGCCAGGAGGCUAUGGCCAACACCCUCCACCACCACCGGGCGGCCCACAGCACGGUCAGCCUGGCGCGUUUGGUGCUCCCGGAGGCUAUGGUGGCCAACAAGGCUAUGGAGGACAGUCCUUCCCACUUCCGCCACAAGAUUCAACUGGUCAGUACCAGAGCUACAACCCACAGCAAGGCGGAUAUGGCUCCCAACAGGGCGGCUAUGGCCAACAGCAGCAAGGAGGAUAUGGUCAGCCGCAGAAUCCUCAAUGGAAAUGA